AUGGGCGGUAGUGAUGAGGACACCGGCACCGGCGCCGGCGACUACGUCAAGUCCCUGGUGUUCGGUGGGUUAGACGGCAUCAUUACCACCUUUGCCAUCGUGGCCACCGUCGCCGGAGCAAGAGCACACCCCGGCCUUGUUUUGUUAAUGGGCGCGGCAAAUUUAGUCGCUGAUGCGUUAUCCAUGGGCAUCGGCGACUACCUGUCCGAAAGGGCCGAGGACGAGUACGUCGCGAGCGAGCAGCGACGGGAGCUCGCCGAGCUCCGAAACGGCAAACGGCCCGAGAAGGUCCGCAAGCUGAAACGCGUCUACGAGAAGGCCGGGCUCUCCACAGCGGACGCCAAAAAAUGCGUCGACGCGUUGAGCACGGUCGACGACGUGCUCGUGGCCCACACGAUGAUGGCUCGAUUGCAAUUAGUGCCGCCCGACGACUGGCUCGGCGAGGAGCAGGACGAGGACGAGGACGAGUUAUUAUCUCUUGCUGCCAAAAAAGGCGCGACGACGGCCGCUUCGUUUGUCUUGUUCGGUGCCAUGCCCCUGCUUGCGUAUUACGCCACUGUGGCUACUUCUGUGGCCCCGACGCCAGAACGCAUGUUCAUCGCGUCGUGUCUCGUGACUACUUCGACCCUAGUAGCUCUCGGUUCCGCCAAAGCCCGCUUGACCGCGCAACCGGUCGCCGAAUCGGCAUUAGGCAUGGUUAUUAAUGGGGGCGCGGCCGCCGUCGCGGCGUACGCCGUCGGCCACGCGCUCGAGGCCUUCCAGCACGCGACGUCGAUGGAGGGUUUUGAUGCCACUGAUGCGCCGGCGCCGCUCCAGCUGCCCGUUUGGUUGCGGCGUCCUGUUUCUCUCCACGCGUGUGAUUGCCGACGCAUCGCUCGCACGACGCCAUCGCCGCGACGCCAUCUCACACAGGCGUGGCUCGCGCGCCCGUUCUCGUCGCCGCCCGCCGACGCCGCGCUCGCGUCCACCGAUGUAUUAAUGGAGUGCUCCGCGGCUUUGGCCUUCGCUGCAUUAGGAGCGAUUCCUUGUGUCUUGAUGGGCUCGACGGGGCCGUCGGCCGUUCGUUUAGCACAUGCCGCGGCCGGCGGCGCCGUCGUCGCGACCGCUUCUGCCCUCGCGUUAGACGCGGCGCGCGACGGCGCAUUGGCAACAGCAUUGGGUGCGGCCCUGGCCAUGAUCUUCGCGUUACUUACGCGGCCCGCCGACGACGCGAAGGCGCGAGGCUUGCCCGCUGUUGUGGCGGUGCUGUCACACGCCGCGUCCGAGGGUUUGGCGCUCGGCCUCGCGUACGCCAAAUCCCCGGAAGACGGGCGCAUCGCGCGCCUGUCGGUGCUAGCGCACAACGUGCCCGAGGGCCUCGCGACGGCCGCCGUCUUGCGUUCUCGAGGCGUCUCGGCGCCGAGUUGCGUCUUGGCUGCGUUGCUAGCGGUCGUGCCGCAGCCUUUAUCCGCGAUGGCGGCCUUCAGCUUUGCGUCGCGCAUGGCCGCCCUCCAGACGGUGUUUGUCGGCUUCGCCGCGGGCCUGAUGCUGAUGAUCGCGCUGACGGAGCUGCUGCCGGACGCGCUGUCGUCGCCCUCGAAGAAGAACCGCGACGUGUCCGCCGCGGUGGCUUGUCUCGCGGCGGUGGCGUGCGUCUGCGGGUCGUCGGCGCUGAUGGAGUAA